CCCCUCCCGCAGAGGCAUCGGCGAUGGCUCGGGAGGGCCCGAGGGGAGCGGGGUGAGGGUGCAGAGUGAGCUCUGCCCGGACCUUGGGGUGCGAGCCCUCCGCACCCCGCAGGGACCGCGGGAGCUCUCUGAUGGAUGGGAGCCUGGCCGCCAGGAGAUGAACGGAGCCGGGAGACACGUCCCCGGCACCACUUGCAAAGUGUAGCUUCAACUUUUGCCGCUUGAUAAGAUGCUUGGCAGUGAAAACUUUGCAGAUGGGUAUAUGCAGCUCAUUGUGCUCUGUGCUGAGUUGGGUUUGGAGUGGGUUUUGGGACAGCUCUGCCAUCCCUGGCCGUGGCAAGGAGCAGCCUAAGCUGUGUUAGAAAACACAAAUGCUUCUUCCCCUUUUCUCCCCUUACCGCCUUGGGAUACUCAUGAUGUCCAAAGGGCAAAUGCCUGCCACAGCAGAUACCUACAGCCCAGUGGAGAAUGACGUUUGUGAGGUUGUGUCUGCAUGGCUGGAUCUGCACAUGGAAGAGCUGCACGGGAGCACUUAAAGGGAUUGGUGACUGUUUGGGCCAAGGUUGUCCAGCGUCACUGACUGUUGGAUACCGAUGUAAAUUCCAGGACUUGUGUCAACAGCCCAGCAUCAUGAGCCAUCCGCAGCUCUCUGGAGCUGCCAGUGCUUGGAGUUUCAUGGUGACUUGAUGGCUGGAAAAUCGGCAGGGCUGUGCCAGAGGGAUGUACUUAGGUUUCCAUUUCUCCCCCAUAUCGUGUUGUAGUGUUUGGAUGUUGGGGUGGGCUCAGGUUUCAGCCUUCAUCAGCAUCCCAAAUGCUGAGUGCUCCCAAGGCGCUGAGUCAGCUCUUUGAAGAAAGAAUCUGCGUGACAAAACUUCUCACUAGGCCCCACUUGCGGGGUGGCUUGUCUUGGAGGACGGAGAAGAGCAGUGAGAUUGACACCUGCUUUGGGGAGAGGCUGUUGGAGUGAUGGGGUGGUAGAUGGCACAUGUCUGGUACCAGCCAGAGUUGGGCUGGGGGACCAACAGACAGUGGCAAAGACACCAAAAUCUUUGUGGCUGUAUAUUUUACAUGGCAAAAGUGGCAAAUGAAGCUAAUAGCACCAGUAUUUGGUGCUCUGCUUUUGCCACUGUUGGGCAUGAGAUCCUGCCAAAGAGCUGAUUGCUGGGCUCAGGCUUACCCCAUUUCAGAGACCACAAUUUCAGAGCCAGGCUCCCUGCCUUCAGCUUCCCCAGAGCCUGUAGGACUUCUCCAAGGUGGACAGACAUGUCCUUAAAGGGACAGCCCUGAAGAUUUCUCUCCCUCAUGCCCAAUGUACUUUGAUACAAGUGGACCAGGAGGACUCAUUUUGUCUUAAAGUCUCCACAAAUCUUUGUGGCUCAGAUAAAUUCAGGCUUCCUGAUGUGCCUCCAGGCAGGGAAAAGCAAAAGCCUCGGGUCAUGAUUUAGUCAUGAGACGAAAGCACCACAAGCUGUGUGCAGGGUUAAAGUGAAAACCCAGCUUAUUAAACUUCAUCUUGGUAAUUUGCACGGGGUGAAGAACAAAGAAAGAUAAUAUUGUAAAGGGGGAAUUGCCAGGGGUGUUAAAUAUUAAAUUCUCUGCUGCCAGAAUUGGUUCCCAGUGACUGUUUUGUAUUCAUGGUCGAACACUGGAUGAGGUGUCUAAAUGGGUUUGGAGCAUUACUUGACACUGAAAACUUUAAAGGACAAAACUGAGCUGCAAAGUCACAAUUCCUGUAAUAAAGGUGUAAGUAUGUAAGGCUGGGCAGAGCUAAUGCCAGGGCUUCAAAUCUCCUGCCUCCUCUUGCAGAUGGAGCGAGGUUCUGGCAGCCUGUCUGCGCUUUGCAGAUGAGCUCUGUAUUCACACGGCCACCUUGGAUUUGGGGUUUAUCCUCCGAGUGCCCAAUGCUGUUUAAUCCUAUUUUAUAAACCAGCCAGCAGCAGUGGGGCAGCUUGUUUCUUUCCACACAAGGCAGCCUCAUUACUGUUCUGGAUCACGACUCUGCUUAAAGUCACAAGAAUUGGGGAAGAAAACAAAAAACUCCCCAAACCCUGCAUUGGAUUUUGGGGUUGUUAUUUUUUUCGUUUUGCUCUCUGAUUGUGGCGCUCCUGUGAGUGCAGGGAGGGGAUGCGCCUUAGCCGGCCCUUCCCGCUCACCUGGUGGGGAGGUGAGGUGCGGGAUCCCGGGUCUCCGGGAGCCGAGGCUGGUGGAAGCUGCUCCCGUCUGCGGCCGCCCCUCCUGGCCGGGCUCCGCUCGCCUUGGCACAGCCCGGCCGGAGGGUUGGCUGCUCACACAUCCGUCACGGUGCCUGAGAAACACGGCGGUGACGUGCGGGUCCCCUCCUCCUGCCCGCGGACACCCGCCAGCUCGGAGCCCCGGAACUCCCUGCGUGAUGGAGAGGAUGGAGCUGCCGGGGACGUGUAGCGGUGCUUCUUUUUUAUCUGCUUAAAAAGACAUCUCUGGUGGAGCCAGGCGGCAGGCAGGGAUCUCCAGGAAGCCAUGGCCAGCUUUGCAGUCCCCAGAUAAGGCACAAGUGAGACACAAGCAUGCCUCCAGAGUGACAGAGACGGGUGUUCUGGGACAUGGUGGAGGUGGGAGCUCUCCUAACAAUCCAGUGUCUUCUCCUGAGAACCCCAGCCGUGCUUCCUUCCCACUCCUCUGCAGAAAGCUGUAGAGAAAGCACAGCACCAUGUACACCUUCCUGCCAGAGAGCUUCACACCGGUGAAGCAGAAGCCCUCCAAGGAGCUGAGGCCCAUGUUGGGUGCCAUCUUUCUGGGCCUCAUCCUGUUCAUUGCUGCAGUGGUGGCCUGGUGCUACUACACCGUGUCCCUGAGGAAGGCGGAGCGGCUCAAGACGGAGCUGAUGGACCUGCGGGCAGACGGCUUCGUCAUCCGCAACCAGCACGGGGAGGUGGUGUUCCGGCUGGCCUUCCGCUCGGGCAGCCUGGACCUGGAGUCGUGCUCCAAGGAGGGCGAGAUCCUGAGCUGCUCGCGCUCGAGCCGGGGGCCGCUCAACUUCUUCAUCCAGACGGUGAAGCCCAAGGACACGGUGAUGUGCUACCGCGUGCGCUGGGAGGAGCUGGCGGCCGGCCCGGCCGUGGAGCACACCAUGUUCUGGGAGGACGCCCACUGGUACGGGGGCUCGGAGAUGAGCACCCAGCACUGGCCCAUCCGCCUGGCCGGCUACCAGGAGCCCGUGCCCUACGUGACCAGCGACGUCUACUCCUUCCGCGACAGCUUUGGCGGCAUCCUUGAGCGCUACUGGCUCUCCUCCAAGGCGGCGGCCAUCAAGAUCAACGACUCCGUGCCCUUCCACCUGGGCUUCAACGCCACUGAGCGCACCCUCUUCUUCCAGGCCCGCUACAAGGACUCACCCUACAAGCCCCCACCGGGCCAGCAGCCCUUCCCCGAGCUCAGCUACCGCGUCUGCGUGGGCUCCGACGUCACCUCCAUCCACAAGUACAUGGUGCGCAGGUACUUCAACAAGCCCUCCAAGAUCCCUGCUGAGAACGCUUUCCGAUACCCCAUAUGGUCCACGUGGGCCCUCUACAAGAAUGAUAUUGACCAGGAUAAACUCUUGCGGUUUGCUGAAAAGAUCAAGAAGUACCAUUUUAACUGCAGCCACAUUGAGAUUGAUGACAUGUACACCCAAGCCUAUGGAGACUUUGACUUUGACCCUGUCAAGUUCCCCAAUGUAACAGAGAUGUUUGCAAAGCUGAGGGAAGAUGGGUUUAAGGUCACUCUGUGGACUCACCCUUUCAUAAACUACAAUUCCUCCAAUUUUGGUGUGGGUAUUGAGCGUCAGCUGUUCAUCAAGGAGCCAUCGGGGCGACUGCCGGCCAUGGUGGAGUGGUGGAAUGGCAUCGGGGCCAUCCUGGACUUCACCAACCCAGCAGCCCGUGACUGGUUCCAGAGCCACCUGCGCCAGCUCCGGCACAAGUACGGCAUCUCAUCCUUCAAGUUUGAUGCGGGUGAGACCAGCUACCUGCCCAAGCAGUUCAGCACCUUCCGCCCACUGUCGGACCCCAGCAUCUGGUCCCGGCGCUACACAGAGAUGGCCAUCCCCUUCUACGAGCUGGCCGAGGUGCGCGUGGGCUACCAGUCACAGAACAUCUCCUGCUUCUUCCGCAUCAUUGACCGGGACUCUGUCUGGGGCUACGAGCUUGGCCUCAAGUCCCUCAUCCCCACUGUCCUCACCAUCAGCAUGCUGGGGUACCCCUUCAUAUCUGCUGACAUGAUAGGGGGCAAUUUUUUCCCCAAUAAAACCAAUGGGGCUGUGGAGAUCCCCGACCGAGAGCUGUACGUGCGCUGGCUGGAGCUGUCGGCCUUCAUGCCCUCCAUGCAGUUCUCCAUCCCUCCCUGGCUCUACGACAAGGAGGUGGUGGAGAUUGCACAGAAGUUUACGGAGCUCCACGAGUCGCUGGUGGCCCCGCUGCUGCUGGAGCUGGCGGGGGAGGUCACCGACACGGGCGACCCCAUCAUCCGUCCCAUCUGGUGGAUCUCGCCCCGUGACGAGGCCGCUCACCGGAUCGACUCCCAGUUCCUCAUUGGGGACACCCUCAUGGUGGCUCCUGUGCUGGAGAUGGGCAAGCAGGAGCGGGAUGUCUACUUGCCAGCGGGCAAGUGGCGCAGCUACAAGGGAGAGCUGUUUGAGAAGACCCCAGUGCUGCUCACCGACUAUCCCGUUGACCUGGAUGAAGUUGCCUAUUUCCUCUGGGUUUCCUAACAGGCUCCUCUUCAUCAGCUUUGGAAUAACCAUGCCUUAUCUAGGACUUUCUAACAGAUAUUAACUCUAAUUGCACAUUUCAUUUGAGACUGGGGUGGAGGAAGGGAACUAAGUAGACUUCACUGUUCUUGGGGAUAAUUUUUUUUUUAUUAUUAUUUGGGGAUUGAUCUUGAUUUUUUUAAUUUGGGUCUGGUGGUAGGCUCUGACUGGAUUACAGUAGGCAGCAAUUUGUCUGUAUAGGUCAGAAAUGAAUUGUCAGUCUGUCUGCAGACAAUACUAAACCCAACACCUUUUCAGUUCUCAAGGAUUUCAAGAGUUGGAAGUUCCUUAGUGCUGGUGGGGAGCAUUCUUAGUCUUGUGGGAGCACCUGGCACUGAGUAUGGGGGUGUGUGCUGUGGGAGGAUUGCUACUGCACAGCCUGCCAUAAGUUUUAUAAUAUGGCAAGUACAUUAAAAUGGAUAUUUUUCAGAGCAUAAAGCAAAAUAGGGUUACAUAUGAAUAUUUACACACCUAUUUUUUCCCCCUUUUGCCUCUCAUGGUGCUGGACUGAUAGUUGCCCCAUGCUCUUUCUCAUUACUCCAACUUGUGUUAGCUUGUAUUAGCAGACCAUGACACUCCUGCUUUCCUGGGUACCAGGCAGGCCAGGUCACUCAAGUGUUGUCCAUGUGUUUUAACUGAAUGGGUUGCUUAUUUCCUGCUGGGACAGCUGCUUCCCACCUGCUCACCCAUUUGACUUCCUCUACAAAGCUCUUGCCUGUGUGUUUUGCCUGAGGCGUCAACAUUGCCUUUCCUAGAGCAGCACCGCCUGUACCAGCAGGUCCCAUUUUUUAAGCAUUUAUGACCCCACUUGGUUACAUGAUUAUCCUGCUGAUACCAUCCUUUCUGGUUUUUAAGGACAGAUGAGGUUUGUUGCUGGCAGAAGGGUUGCCUGGAGCAAAGCUGUCCUCAGACACUCGGUGCGGCGCUUCCCCGGGAACAGCCGGUUCCCGCGAGCGGCACGUGUAGUGGAUUGACCGUGCUGUUUGCCGAUAGCCGGCUUGCCUGUGGGUGGAAAACACCAGCUCUGCAAAGUGAUGGGUCUGUGCCAGCAGGUGUUCUCACUGCACCCACGGAAGUGUUCUCAUUUAACACAAAGUUAAGCUAAUACCCAUCUCAGGUUGAGGGUUCUCCUGAGUCAGCCCUCCCCUCUCCCUGGGAGAGUCCCGAGGAGCUUUCUCAGGCAGCGUUGAUGUUGCUGGAGGUGGGAUUGCUGUCAGAGGCUUCUGGAGAGCACAUGGGGUGAUGUGAUCCUGCACCCCACAUCCCCAGCAGCUGCCUCUUCGGCAGAUUUCCCAUUUGGUUUUGUAUGGGAAAACGCAUUUACAGAGACCCAAGGCAAGGCAAACAGAAUUGAAGUCUGGCAGUCUUCUUCCCUAAGGCAAGAAUUCCCAGCUCUGCUCCAGUUGGGAACAUGUGUCAGCCCCUGAAUUUUUAACGAGCUUCUGUAGAAUCAAAUUGUGAUGGCUGGGAAGGGCUGGGCACCCUGCCCAGGCUACAGCCAGCCAAGGACAUCUCGGCAUCUGUGAGGCUUCUCCUGGGAUUGUAUCUGGGCUGGGCAAGGGUCUGGCACAAGUCAGCCACCCAGGGAGAUGGUGCAUGUUUUGGGUAGGGUUGGGUACCAGUUAGCUCUGUCUCAAAGCCCAUCUCCUGCCACACAGCUUUUCAGGAGGCAGAAAAGGAGAUGCACUAAGCUUGAUUGUUGUGAUGGGGUGCAGGAGGAGAAAUGUCAGUGUUAGGGGCAAAAUCUGAAGUGCUUUUGUAGUUAGGAAGUGAGAAAGACCUGAAUCUGCCCUGUAUAAUUUCAUCUCAAAAUGAGAUGUAGGGUAGCCUUACAGGCCCCUGUCCAGCUGGAGCACAAGUAUCUCCUGAAGCCUGUUUGUUUCUCAGGCUGUAAAUUCUGAAGGACUCAAGUUUCUUCCCAGCCACCAGUGCAAAUAAUGGUGAUGUUACAAAUGUUACAAAUUACAGGCACCCUCUGGCAAGGAAUUAAUCCUGGAACCUCAGUGUCAUUCAUCAGGGCACUGGCAGGAUUUGGCCCUUGCUUGCAGGGCGGAGUUGAAGGUGAGGAGAUGAGUUUGGCCAAAGCUUUUAAGAAGGGCUAAGUGUGGAGGGAGCUUCUGCAGCCCCAGAAGUGCAUGAAGACCAUGUUUUGAGAGGCUCCAGCUCUUCCCUUGCAACCUUUGCACAUGAAAUACUUGUCAUGCCUUGGCAUGGGAAUUAUUAGGUGGAAGAGAUGUUGCACAGCUCAGCUGCCAGUGCAGAAUUGGGAUCCUUGAUACAGGACUUCAUGGGAAGAAUCCUGGCAUGACCAUGAAAUGCUGUCUUCUCUUCCCCAGGUUCUGUGCUACUCACCAUAUGCAUCACUCAUGAGGAAUGAGACUGUGUGAAGAGAAACACAGUAUCCCUGUUAGUAUCCUUCUACUAUUAAAAUGAUGGAAGGAGCCAGAUGAGUGCCUUCAAUCUCCUUGCAGUGGUUUCAGGCACUGUCAGGAAGGUCAUGGAGGAAAUUCUCCAUUAGACACACCAUCUUCUUUCCCCUCCCAUAUAAAAGAAAGGAUUUUAUUAAUGAAGUUAUAAUUUUAUUUUAUUUAACUACAUCAAUGAAUGGGUAAGAUUACAGAAUACUCUUAUUUUUCUAAAUGCUGUAAUUAGGGCACAAGUGGACAUGGCUAUUCAGUGGUCCAGUACUUGAGUUCUGUGUCCAGUUCUAGGCCACUCACUUUGGGAAGGAUGUUGAGAUGCUUGAGCGCAUCCAGAGGAGGGCAACAAGGCUGGUGAGGGGCUUGGAACAUAAGCCCUGUGAGGAACAGCUGAGGGAGCUGGGGUUCUUUAGCCUGGAGAAAAGGAGACUCAGAGGUGACCUUAUCACUCUUUGCAACUCCCUGAAGUGUGGCUGUAACCAGGUGGGGGUUGAUCUCUUUCUCCAGGCAGCCACUGACAGAACCAGAGGACACAGUCUCAAGAUGCAUCAAGGGGAAUAUAGGUUGGAUAUUAGGAAAAAGUUUUUAACAGAAGGGGUGAUAAAGUACUGGAAUGAUCUGCCCAGGGAGGUGGUGGGGUCACCCACCAUGGAUGUGUUUAAAAAGAGUGCAUGUGGCACUCAGUGCCAUGGUUUAAUUUGAGAUGUUAGGGCUGGGUUGGACUCAAUGACCUUGAAGGUCUUUUCCAGCCUAGAGAUUCUGUGAUUCUGUCCAGCAAGAAGAAAGGUAAAGCUGCUGGGAGGACUAUGAGCUGAUGUUUGGGAUAGGCUCAGCAGUGCUGCCUUAAGCUGUCACACAGGCUUCUAGAUACCCUUUCCAACCAAUUUUUACUGAAACCACUAUUUCUAACACUAUGCUGUAGCACUUCAGGGCUUGAGGAUCAGACCUUGCAGACCAGAAGCUCUGCACAGAUACCUUGGGAACUGCUGCUAGGGAUAUUUCUCUGAUUUAGACCAUGGGUCACUGGUCAAAGCUGGAUUUAGCUUGUCUCAGACAAAAAAAUAGCCCCAGACAAGGUUUGGGAGUUGGAUUCAGCCUUUUCACACAUGAUGCUUAUGUGAUUGAAUUUUGAAGCUUGCACUGUUGUGUAUCAGGUUUUCUGGAUGCUUGUGUUUAUACAUGCUGUCCUCUGUCAGACUGUAAUGCUGAUGGGUCUGUUUUCUAAUUCAAUUUUCUAAUUCCUAAUUAGUAUGAAUUGUAACAUGAAUCACCUUGACUGAGAUAAAAUUUUGGAAAACAAAAAGAAAUUUAACUAUGUCCAUCUGUACCAAGUUGGUGGGGCUGGUGAUUCAGGGAAAUUUGGGGCUUUUCUUACCCUAGUCUUCACUGAAAUCAGGGUUGAGAUUGUUGUUUUAUUUAAAGCUUGCAGCCUGCAGCUUUGAUGUAUGUUUUAAAAGGACAAGCUGGCAGUAACCUCACUCUUGUGUUUGCAGUGAUGGCAGACAAUCCCACUGGAUUGAGGAUUGUCCUCCCUUAGGUCCUGACAACAAAGAGACUAGCUGUGCCUUAGGGCUGGCCUGGAAAAGGCCAUGUCCAGGUGAACCCUGGUGUUGUGUCAGCCCCAGGGGUGGGGACCAUAUACACCUCGAGGGUUGUGGCCCUAUUUCUACUAACAUUCACCCUAAAAAAGGUUUGUCAACACUAAAUCUGGGGGUUUGCUAGUCCAUGCUGUUCUCACAGGACACAUACUUCAAGGCUGUUUGUCGGAGAUGAGCACAAGGAGCCUGUUCUCAGUUUCCCUUGGUCUCUCCAGAAGGUUCUUCUGACUGUCCCCACCUUCCCCAUUGUUUCCCUUGCUGGAUGGCACUGACAGCAAGGACAUGGAUAGUAGAUAUUUGUGGCUAUGGGAGCGCCAGGAAUGGAGACUCGUUUAGGAGCCCACCUUACCCCACAUCAUCCCUUUUGCCCUAAAUAAUGCUUUUUCUUCCUUUUCCAUUUUUACCACACAAACCAUAGCUGCCUUAUGCCAUUGGGCAUCACUAGCAGCGGCCAACCCAUACAGCAUGGCUUGAGGGUUGAGAGGGACUUUGUUUCACUCCUUUUGCAAUAAAAGAUGUUUUCCCAA